AUGAAGCCAGUAUCCAGUCAAGUACAUGAGGCCUUCGGUAAGGCGUUGAGGUCCACCAUACCCUCGAACUUACAGGCAUCUUGUCCUGAUCCGAUGGUCGCUACUGCCAAUCCUAAAUUUGGGGAUUAUCAAUGCAACAACGCCAUGGGGUUGGCGAAGAAGUUCAAGUCAGAGCUUCCUGAUGGAAUGAAGAUUCCAAAGCAAAUCGGGGAGAAGAUCAAAUCCAAUUUGAUGGAAGAGUCUCCUGAGGAAUUCGAAAGUGUCACCGUCGCCCCCGCCGGUUUUGUUACUGUCAAGCUCUCCUCUGGUUGGAUCGCCAAGCAGUUGACAUCAAAAUGCAAAGAUGGUAAAGUUACUUUGGAUUUGCCGAAUAAGGAAGCCCCGAGGAAGGUCAUCGUUGACAUGUCUAGUCCGAACAUCGCCAAGGAAAUGCACGUCGGACAUCUGAGGAGUACCAUCCUCGGCGAGACCGUCAGUCGAAUACUCGAAUACUCCGGAAAUGAUGUUCAUCGUAUUAAUCAUGUCGGCGAUUGGGGUACUCAAUUUGGUAUGUUGAUUGAACACAUGAAGGACGCUUACCCCGACUUCCUCCAUCACACCCCGGAAGUCUCCGAUCUUCAGACCUUCUACAAGGCCGCUAAGAAACGUUUUGACGAGGAACCCGAUUUCAAGAAACGUUCUCAAGAAGAAGUCGUCGCCCUCCAGUCGGGUGAUGAAUACGCGAGGAAGGCUUGGCAGAUUUGCUGUGACAUUUCGAGGAAGAGUUUCGAGGAGGUGUAUAAUCGUCUUGGCAUUGAAGGGUUGAAGGAACAAGGCGAAAGUUUCUACAACGAAAUGAUCGGACCGACUGUGGAGACGUUGGAGAAGGAGGGCCUCGUGGUCGAGUCAAACGGCGCGAAGUGUAUCUUCACUGAUGUUGAUGAUGUGCCGAUGAUGGUCGUUAAGAGUGAUGGUGGUUACGGCUAUGACAGUACUGAUGUGACGGCGGUGUGGUAUCGAUUAACUCAACUACACGCUGAUGAAGUUGUUUAUAUUACCGACCUCGGACAAGAAGUUCAUUUCAAGAAGCUCUUUGAAGUCGCCAAGAUGGCCGGUUGGCAUCAUCCUCCUCAAACUAAACUCGAAUACCUCGGCUUUGGUGUUGUCUGUGGUGAUGAUGGCAAAAAAUUCAAAACUCGAUCGGGCGCCACUGUGAAGUUGACUGACCUUCUCGAUGAGGCCGAGGACAGAGCGAAGAAGGAAUUGGAGUCGAGACUUAACGCGGGUGAAGGGGAGGCGGCCGGACGAUCGACCGGACUCACCGAGGAAGAAUUCGAUAGAGCAUCGAAGAUUAUUGGUGAUGAUGAUGUAAUCAUCAUACCACACCUCCGCCACAUCGUCAUCAUCAGGUUCACCGCCUUCUACACCGAAUGCAAGGUUGUUGGAUCCGAUCAGGAGCGUUCUCGACUCCUUCUGUGUGAGGCCACCAGACGUGUUUUAGCCCAGUGUUUCGACAUACUCGAUAUCACACCUCUCGAGAGGAUCUAA